AUGAGUUUCCGAAGGGUUCAGGAUGUGAGGGCACAAAGUGUUUUGAGAUCUGGGUAUAGAGUGAUUGAUCGAUUAUUUAGAAUGUAUAGGAAUGGAGAGAUGAAUGAUGAAGAUUAUAUGAAUAAGCUAGUGAAGCUAAAAGAAUUGAUGAAUAAGAAGAUUGACGAAGUAGAAGAGUGCAUGAAGGUUACAUCGACGAGGGUAAUGCCUAGUGAUAUUUUACAUGUAUUUAUUAUGGAGCAUUUAGAGCAUAAUGGAUAUUUUCUGAGUGCAUCUUUACUGGCACGUAGGCUUGAAGUUGAGGAGUAUUCUGAGGAAUGUUUUUAUCUAAGGUUGCAUGAAAUGAAAAAUAUGAUUGAGGAGGGAGAAUUUGAAGAUGCAUUAGAUUUUUGUAAAGAAAACAGAUCUGAACUGAAGAGGCUUGGCGAUUCUGAAAGUCUGCAUCUUGAGAAUGACCUGAAGGUGCAAAAGUUCCUGUUAAUGUGCAAGAAUAAGGAGAUUUGCAAAGCAUUAGAGUUUGCUGGAAAAGAGCUCAUAAAGAUCCAUAGAGAUGUUAAGAAGUAUUUGCCUGCUCUUGUUUUUGGAACAGAUUUUGUAAGUGGCGAUGUAGGAAGUGAUGAAGACAAGGUUGCAGUGAGAUUCUGUAGAUGCAUGUUAAGAAUGUUUAAGCGAGGAGAGAAGUCUAGACUAAUGCAGAGAAUAGAAUAUGGAAUGAUGGCAUACAAGACUCAUAAAUGUUUUGAAGAUAGCAGCGAUGAGAGAUGUCCUAGUUGCUGUGCAGCGUUGAAGGUGAGAGAGGAUGUACCUUUUAGCAAGCAUGAGAUAAGUAUAUUGCUGUGCAAAGGAAGCAAGGAGGUGAUGGACGAUUUGAAUCAGCCCUAUGUAUUUGAGGAUGGAAGUGUAUAUGGAUCUAGGUAUAUUGGGUAUUCUGAGAUUAUCUUUACGAGUCACAGGGAUCGUUGUGACGAGAAUACAAGCUAUCCAAGAUUGUGUUAUAUCAUGUAG